AUGAGCAAGGAUAUCAAAAGGACUGUAAACGCAUGUCGAUUCUGUCAAGAGGAUCAAGACCAAAACAGGAACGAGCCAAUGAUCGAGAAAGAGGUGCCACUGAAGGCAUGCCAGACUAUUGAGACGGACCUUUCUGAGAUUAAAGGAAAGCAGUUCAUCAUCAUUGGGGAUUAUUACUCAAAAACUAUUGCCACCCUUCUGCCCUCACGAAAAGGAGACGUGGAUGACAAUGUCAAACACAGGCUCAUGCAAAGAAAUGAGAUGAUGAAGCACCAGUAUGAUGCCCAUGUCAGGAAAGAUCCACUUCCGCCAUUGUAUCAAGGCCAAGAAAGCCACAAACUGCUCGUUCGAUCCAAUCCCAUUGACACUGCUACAGACCAUCUCUCCACCUUCAUCUCCAAGAUCGUCAACUCCUUGAACUGGCAGGCUGUGAUCAACUAUCUGAAUUCCUCACCAGCAACCAUGGCCUCGACAAAUAUCAGUCUGGAUUCAAAGCUGGACACUCCACCAAGACAGUACUCCUGGCACUACUGGCAGUAUGAGGCAUGCAAACUCUCAAGGUCAGGACCCCCGGCCACAAUUGUAACAGUUGACGAAGAAAGUGCUAAUGGAACAGUGUUGGUUGAGGAUAUGCAAAUAAAUGGAAGAGCUCAGGACCCUGGCAGAACCAUUUCCUUAUCCUUGCUUGGCAACUAUGACUACUGGGUUAUUUUAGAUCCAGUGCGGCAAAGGCUGUUCUUGAACAGCACAGGGAGAGUUCUUGACAGAGAUCCACCCUCCUCCAUACAGUCUAUAGUUGUACAGGUCCAGUGCACUAACGAACUCGUUGGCACUAUCAUUCUGCAUGAAGUGCGGAUUGUGGUGAAAGACCGUAAUGACAAUACCCCUCGCUUUCAGCAACCCCGCUAUUACACAAAGGUAAAUGAGCUCACUCCUGUGGAGAGUGUUAUCUUCAGUGGCUUCUCUGGAGAUAAUGGUGCCACUGACAUUGAUGAUGGACCAAAUGGACAAGUGGAAUACCUAGUUCAGUACAACCCAGCGGAUCCAAUGUCAAACAGGACUUUCAGCAUCCCACUUGCUCUCACUGGAACUGUCGUCUUAAGAGAGAGGCUCAACUAUGAGGAAAAAACUCGCUACCUGGUUCUUGUUCAAGCUAAUGACCGUGCCACUUACCAGUAUAAUAGGCGAACAGCUACUACCACGCUGACAGUGGACAUACUGGAUGGGGAUGACUUGGGACCCAUGUUUUUGCCCUGCAACCUGGUUAACAACACACAUGACUGCAGCCCUCUGACCUACAGGGCAGCCAUUCCUGAGCUCACAGACCCAAGUAAAAUUAAUCCAGUCAAUGUCACCCCUGUAAUCCGAGCUGUUGAUCAAGAUCGAAAUAUACAACCCCCAUCAGAUCGGCCUGGAAUUCUUUUCUCCAUCCUCACUGGUCAACCACUGACAUAUAUAGAAUACUUUGUGCUAAAUCAGACAACAGCUGAAAUGAGGCUUCUGAAACCAAUCAACAGGGAUCUGUAUCAAACAUUUGACUUGGUGAUCAAGGCAGAGCAAGACAAUGGACACCCCCUACCUGCCUUUGCUAGUUUGCACAUUGAGGUUCUCGAUGAAAAUAAUCAGGCCCCGUACUUUCAAGUGUCUACUUAUCAAGGCUUCAUUAGUGAAUCUGCAGCAGUGGGCACCACCAUCUCUAGCAACGCCAAUUUCACUGCUCCCCUCAGCAUCAUCGCUCUGGAUAAUGACAUUGAGGAGACAAAAGAUCCCAUGUUAAAGAUUUCCUUGAAUAACUACAAUACAGUCUUCAGAAUCACACUUUCUGGAAUCAUACGCUACUUGACCCUAUUGGCACCUGUGGACAGGGAGGUACAGAUGUCCUAUACAUUUACGAUGGUGGCCUCUGAUGGAGUCCAGGAAAGCACUGCAGUGAGAGUUAACAUCAUAGUGGUUGAUGCUAACGAUAACACUCCCAUAUUUGCUAACGUCUCCUACAGUGUCAGUGUUUACACCAACAUGAAACCUGGGGAUCCAGUAUUACAGGUCACAGCUCGUGAUGCAGAUGAAGGCCUUAAUGGACUGAUAACAUAUGAGGUCCUGGCUGGCCAUCAGGGAGACUUCAAAAUUGAUAACCAUUCUGGCUUGAUCACCAUAGCUCCUGGGGUCAGGCUUACUGUGGGCCACUCCUACACGCUUACCAUCAAGGCAUCAGACAAUGCACCUGAGCCACAGAAAAGGAGCUCUAUCACCACAGUCUACAUUGAAGUUCUUCCACCCAACAACCAGAGCCCACCCCUCUUCCCUCUCUUCAUAUACAACUUAGAAGUCACUGAGGCUAUGAGGAUUGGGGCCAUUCUGCUCAACUUGCAGGCAACAGACCGGGAAAGGGAUCCCAUCACCUACCGUAUCAUAAGUGGUGAUCCUGAAAAUGUUUUUAAUCUUUCAAGAAUUCCAGGACUGCUUCUUCUGGAGAAACCCCUCGACAGGGAAACCACCGACCAGUACACCUUGAUUGUCACUGCUUCAGAUGGCCACCCUGAUGGGACAUCAACAGCCACUGUGAGCGUAGUGGUCACCGACGUCAAUGACAAUGACCCCAUUUUCGAUCCACUGUUGCCAAGGAACUUCACAGUCCAAGAAGAGGAGGCAAAUCUAUUUGUGGGUCAAGUUAAGGCCUCCGACCUUGAUUCAGGGCUUAACGGAAAGGUCAGCUACAGAAUAGUGAGCCCUGUUGGACUGUUCAGAAUAAAUGCUAAUGGGAGUAUCUUCACCACGGUUCCACUGGACCGUGAGUCCAGGAGCUGGUACGAGGUGAUUGUGGAGGCAUCAGAUGGCGCUCCAGACCCACGUCGGACCACCAUCACGCUGAAUGUGCAAAUCCAAGAUAUAGAUGACAACAGCGCUGUGUUCUCUCAAAACUCAUACAAUGUGAACCUUCAAGAGAACAGCCCUGUGGGGACAGUCUUUCUGCAGCUGAGAGCUGUAGAUGCUGACCUUGGCGCUAACAUCACAUACCGAAUCAGGACACAGGAGGCUAAGCAGCUAUUCUCUGUAAACCCGGUAACCGGGCAGCUGUCAGUGCUGCAAGUGCUGGAUUUUGAAAACAUCUCUGCAUCUGGAGCGGCAUAUACCUUCGUGGUGGAAGCUGUGGACAGUGGUGGGAAGAUGCCCCCCGGACUGGCCACUGUCAUAGUCAAGAUAACGGAUAUGAACGAUUACCCGCCCAUUUUCAGACAGACUGUAUACCAGGGAAUGGUGGCUCCAAAUGCAGAAAAAGGAACUGUCAUCACAACUGUGAUUGCAGAUGAUCAGGACCCCCCUGGAACAAGUGCCAGCAGGAUACGGUACAGAGUGGAUUUAGAGCACUCACCUUACAGUGGUAGCAUUUUUGAUGUGGAAGAAGAGUCUGGAAGGGUUGUCACCAAGGUCAACCUCAAUGAGCAGCCCAAUACAGUUUUUCUGCUAUAUGUUACUGCUUAUGAUGAUGGAGAACCAGUAAAAACAAAUAGAACCCUUGUUGAAAUCACAGUUCUUCAGCCCUCAAUAAUUCCAAUCUUUACCCAGGAGGAGUACAGAUUUCCCCCUGUGAGUGAGAAGGCUCCUAUAGGAAAGGAGAUUGGGGUCAUCAUAGCUGCCGCUAUUAACCAGACAAUAGUGUACUCUAUUGUUUCAGGAAAUGAGGGUGCUGACUUCAGGAUAAACAACCGCAGUGGUGUCAUCUACACAGCCAAACAGUUAGAUUAUGAAUCUGUCACCAGCUACGUCCUUCGUGUGCAGGCUGACUCCUUGACUCUGGUGAUGUCAAAUCUGCGUGUACCUUCAAAAACCAACACUGCCAGAGUGUUUAUAGACAUUCAAGACGAAAACGAUCAUCCCCCUGUCUUCACCAAAGACAUCUACAUAGGAGGGGUAACUGAGGACACCAAGACAUUUACUUCUGUUCUUCAAGUCAAAACCACGGACAAGGACACUGGGAAUUACAGCAAAAAUCAAUACAGAUUAAUUAUACCCCCUACUAAAGACGGCCAAGACCCCUUUGUGAUUGAGAAGUACACAGGAGUUAUUAAAACGGCUAUCAUGUACAGGAACAUGCGGCGAUCGUUUUUCACAAUGGAUAUCAUUGCCACAGACGAUUAUGGCAAAGGUUUGAGUGCCAGCGCUUCGGUGGUGAUCUCAGUGGCAAAUCAACUCGAUAUGCAAGUGGUUGUUUCUAAUGUACCACCUACUGUGAUGGAAGAGAAUAAAGAGCAGAUAAUUGGGAUCUUGGAGCGCUAUGUCCAGGACCAAAUUCCAGGAGCAAAACUAGUGGUGGAGUCCAUUGGGGCACGGAGAUUUGGUGAUGGAUUUGACCAGGAGGAUUACACCAAGUCUGACCUAAUGGUUUAUGCCAUUGACCCCACAAACAACAGACCCAUAUCCAGACAGGAACUAAACAAGUUUUUAAAUGGAAAGCUGCUGGACAUCAAUAAGGAUUUCCAACCAUACCUGGGUCAGGGGGGACGCAUCCUUGACAUUCGCAGUCCAGACAUUCUGGCUAGUGUCAAGAGGGCAGCACAGGCAGUUGGCUACACAGAGGGGGCAUUGCUAGCCCUUGCUAUCAUCAUCAUCCUCUGCUGCAUUCCUGCAAUUCUUAUAGUCAUGGUCACCUACAGGCAGUUCAAAGAGCGACAAGCAGAGUGUGCAAAAACAGCAAGAAUACAGAUGGCUCUUCCAGCAGGCAAGUCAGCUGGGGGCACGACCAGCAAUCUCUAUCAAGAGUUAGUAGACAACACCAUGCAAGGAUAUGGACGCAGAGAGGUACAGUAUCAACAAUUGCUGAGACCUUCUUUUCUGCGACCAGAGCAACUCUCGGUGGAGUCGGGUAUCGAUCAAGGACAAGACUACUACCCACAGGAUUACUACAAUUAUGAUCAUGGGUAUGACCCGCCUCAAUAUGGCAGUCGGAGGAAGCUGAUAUCUCCAUCAGCAAUGUAUGACGAGUAUGGGCAGGUGGUCAGGGAGGAUGAUGGCUAUUACAUCACUCCAUGGGAGCCUGAAAGACAGAUUCGAGGCAGAGGUCGUGGCAGAAGGCAAAUACAAGGUCCUGCUAGGAGAGUGGGAUUUAGUGAUCAGCCUCCACCUGAGGAGCUUGAAGAAACAGAACCGUCAGAUGGUGGUAUAGAUAUUAGCAGUUCAAAGGCUGCCAAGAAGCUGAAAUCAGUCAUGAAACUCAGCAAACUUUUAGCAGGGGGUAAAACCACUGAGCAAAUUGCAAAUGCAUCUACUUCUGCUCUCUCCUCGUGGAAGAAAGCCAAACUAUUUCCAAUGUUUUCCAAAGGAAAGAAGGAGGAUUAUGCUAAACUAACACCUGCUGGUCAUGUUGACAGCCAGGAAAGUGUGGAAGGUGACCUGAUAAAUGGCACUUAUUUCCAAAGGUUAGAUGGCAAGUCCUCUGCACGGAAUAAGCUAAGCAAAGUCUUGAAACGCAUAAACAUCACUAAAAAGCUACAAGCAAGGAGAAAGUCACAGAGCAGUGUGAGCAGGAGUUCUGUUGGGAGCGUGAAAGGGGAAUCUGCAUCUCAAGCUGCCACUGAUUCUGAUGUUGAAGAAAGGAAGUCUAAGGUUUCAAUUAGUAUUACUGAAGACAGUGAAGAAGAAGUCAAUGGCUCAGAAGCAGACAUCAGUAACUGCAAGAAGAAGCCAUCUGAUGAAUUUUCUGAGAAAAGCAGUGAGGCUGUGGCAUCAUCCACUGAAGAGAAAGAUUACCUUAAAGUUGAUCUAGAUUGUGACGAUGCAAAUGAAAGCACCGUGGAUUCAGAUGAAGAGCAAGAGGAACACCCAGAAGAUUCUGAUGAAGAGGACAAGUCAAAAUCUGAAGGAGAUGUCUCUGAUUCCGAAAAAGCAUCUAAGACUGAAAAGGAGUCUGGGACAGAGAAGGAGUCAGAAGAUGAGAAAGAAUCAGAAAAAGAGUCAGGUACACAGGAAUUUGCUACAGAAAAGGAAUCAGGUACUGAGGAAUCUGAGACAGAAAAGGGAUUCGGUACAGAGAAAGAUUCUGAAGAAGAAGAUGAUGAAGAGACAAGCAUGGGAUCAGAUGAGUCAAGAGAAACAGAGUCAGUAUCACAAAUGUCUUCUGCUCAUUCAUCAGUGAGAGCUAGUUAUAGAGGAACUAGUAAGAGCUCAUCAGAUAGGUCCAGUAGAAAUACACAGUCAAGUAGGAGAAGCAGUGAUGCCAGCAGUGCAACUUCAAAAUCUGGUUCUCACGGGUCUUCUGCUCAAUCAUCAGUGAGAUCCUCACUCAUGGGGAUUAGCAAGACUUCUUCAGUAAGGUCCAGUGAGGAAGGCAGUGGUACAGAUAAAACAGCAAGCUCUGUUCACAGUAGAAGUAGUAUUGAAAAGUCAUCAAUAGGUAGCAUGUCUAAAAGUGAGGUAUCUGAUGGAAGUGAAAACAGUUUCAGAGAUACUGUAUCAAGCAAUGGGAGCUACAAGUCCAGGAAAUCUAUCUUUACUCAAGGAUCAGAAGGUACAGUUUGUGAGGAAAGUGAGGAUGAUGAAUCAACUUCUGGGAAGGAUGAAGAUGAUAAAUCAGACAGAAAUGGGUCCACAGAAGAACUGAGUGAUUCCAUUAUGUCUAGAAGGUCUAGUGUUUCAACUGUUAAAAGCAGCAGAAGCAAUAGUUCACGCAGUACAGAGGCAAGCGGCAGUGUGACUGAACUUUCAAGUGAGGAUCAAGGGCUUUCUCCUAUCUCAGAAGUUGAUGAGGAUGAACUAGCAUCUGAAAAAACACCUAUCAGUAGUAACCCUAGCAGGAAGUCAGCAAGAAGCAGCAUAUCUGCAAGAAGUGAGCAGAGCAAUAUAGAAAGAUCUUCUGUCAAUGCCAGCAGUUCUAACAUUACAACCAGAACCAGUGCCAGUUCUAGGAGGAGCUCCCUUAGUAAAUCUCAGGAGUCUGAAAUACCCAGUGAUGAUGAAGAAGUUGUAAAUUCCACUAUGAAGGGAGAUUCUACAUCCUUUUAAAUGGAAAAUGAAGAUUAUGAAGUAAGAUGUGUGAAGUUAUUAGAUUUGCUUGCAUAUUAUCUUUCCUGCGUGUUCUAACUGCUCUUAAUUUUUCUCCUUUGAAGACUUGAGAAGUUGAAGGAUAUCAUAAACACCCUUGUAAAUGUCAAAGAUAUUUCCAAAGACCUGGGUCACUUUUCCUCGCUUUGAAAUUCAGAAUAAAUUGUCUUUGUAGAGAAGCUCAUUUUAAAGAAAAUAACUUGCAAAAUUUUGUAUACUGAUCAAGAGUGGAUAUCAGAAGUCUGUACACCCUUAAUGAAAUUUCAUAUUUUGUUGAUCUAAACACUGAAUUCAAGACAAAUCAUCCCAAACUCUUUAAUAAGAUCUUGAAACAAACAAUAUUUAAGUUAAAAAUAAAAGGA